UAAAAAAAAAACAAUUGACGAUCGGCCGAUAACCGGUUGUUGUUACGAUCUCUGAACCUCAGAAGCUCUGAACCUGGCUUCCCGGGCCUCGAUGAUCGGUAAUCAGAAUUCAGGCAUGGUUUGAGAAAAAUUUGAGAUUUUGCCGCCGCAAUUGCAGAAUUUGUAAAUUAAAUUUGCUUGCGUUAUUUUAUUUUUCAACGAGUUUAUCUUUUUAGCAAGAAAGUCUGCAAUUCGGCUGCAAUUGAGUUGGAAAAGAGGCUCCGAGGGCAUAGACAUAAGCAUAAGCAUUGCUUCGGUCCGUUCGGUCGGCUUAUUUCUUCCAUUCCAUAUAUGUGAUGCAUUCUGCAUCAGGAAUGCCUGGUCCGCCUCAUGCCGCACAUUCAAAUUCAGGAACAAACUUUGCCUCUCAACAAGGUCAAAGUCGUAGAUCGCUGCCAACCAAUGGAUUCAGGCCAUCUUUUUCUCAAGCACCGCCACUAGGAAAUCGACAACCAUCCAGGCUGUCCUUGAAUUCAAACAAUUUUAAUCAACAUGACAGGAGGAAGGCUCUAGAGAUGCUGCUGAAUCCUCAAAUACCAGAGAAAGACCCUGAGGAGAUAAAAAAGAGGGCAAUAGCCUUGCUGAAAUCAAGACCAAAAAAUCCUCCCAUGCCUCAAAAGUUAACCCCAGAGGAAAUAAAGAAGAGAGCCAUAUUGGAACUGUUGAAGCCUAAAGCGCCUGCUUCUCAAAUCGCAACUCCGGCCAUCAAAGUUAGAACAGAUCUUUUUGGUCCUGCUGCCCCUCCUGCCCCUGAGAAGAAAACUUUCAAACUCACAGGCCAGGUGGAGAAUGAGCUUCGAAAAAAACUUUCUACCGAAGAUCUCCUCGAUAAACGGAAGAGACAGAACGGAGUACCCAGGGCAGGGUCAUCAAGUGAUAUCAACAAGGGAGCGCAACUAAGUGUGGUGGCGCAGUCUUCUUUACCCCACAAGACUAGUGUCAAAUCGGGCCGCGGCCCGUCGGGUUUGGGCCCGACUGUCUUACCGUCCAGUUCAGGCCAGGCAGUACCUGCUCCCAAGCCUUCUACUUCUGCAUCCACAGGAAAAGUCCAGGAGAAAGUCGCUCCACCUAUAAAUAAUAAUGUGGCUGUAAAGAAAGUGAAGAAAAAGUUGGCAGAAAGUGAUGAGGCUAUUGUGAAGAAAAAGGCAAAAACAUCACCUGUUCAGGACAAACGAGCAAAUAAAAAUAUUUCAAAUGCCCCCACUGAUCUACCUGAAAGCAAAAAGAGCAAAAAGGACACUUCAGACAGCCCUGAACUUGAAAUAAUUUCUGAGAGUUUGGUGAAGAAAAAGCCUGUGGUAAAUUAUGGUCCCAUGGUGAAGACAAAUGAAGAGCCUCUCCGAAUGAAGAGGCACUUCAUCGAUCUCAGUUCUUUCCAAAGCACUUCGUCGUCCACUUCGGAGGAAAGCACUUCAACCAUCUCCCAACCGAAAGGUCACGUUUGGUCGGUUAAGUUAAACGCCCCUUUGCAGAACAACCCGAACAAUCUGAAAUUCAUGGGCUCUGUAGAAGAGGAUGAAUCGGAUAAAUCCAUGCAACCGAAAAUCGCGGCCCAUUUUUCACCCUCCAAAAGCAGUUCCUCGGAGAAUUCCGUAGCAACCGAAGCGGCUUCAACAACCUCAUCAGUAUCGCCGACUGCUUCGAAAACUCCUCCCAGAAAGAGAAUGUCUGUUGUUGGUGAAGAGGCUCGCAAGUCAACGUUUGAAAACCUGACUACCUUCAAGGAAAUCUUGAUCAGCGUCACCGUCUGCAAACAUUUCCAGUCACUUAUCAAUCCGGAAGACAUGGAAGUGAUUUUUGCGUUCCUCCAAGUAAGUGAAGGAGCCAAGGCACUUCUGGUGCAACUUUUCAAAGUGAAGCACCAGUGGAAACGGGUGUCGGAGUUGAAGCAUCCUGAAAUUGCAGAAGAUUUGAACCCAGUGAUAGAUGAGUUGAUCAAUUCCAGGUUCCUUCUGGACAGCAAUGAAAUGAAUGAAUUACGAGAGAUGCUCGAGCUGAUGAAAGUAAAGGAGGUGGCAGACUUCAUGAAAUGUCACAAUAUGAAUGACACCAAAAAGAAAAGCACCAACAUUGAGACGCUUCUAAAAAUGGGGACAAAGCAGUCGACUCUAACUGGGAAUUUGUCCACCAUCAUCGAGAGAAAUGUCAGAAGAGUUCUGGGAAGAUGUGUCAAGGUAAACUUGGACCGAAUGGACGUCCUCAACAGAAUGUGCCUUCUGGAGUCGCUGCCAGUCUGUUUCCAAGACACGUCUCUGUCCGAUGUGCUUUUUAGGGCCAACAGAAUGAAAUUUGGCCAGCUCGUUUUCCCUGACUACGAGAUCAACAUGGAAAAGACAAUAUUUAAAGACAGAGACGCGUUUGUCGAAUUCCACAAAGCUUACCGACUGUACAAAGAAUUUGAAAAGGAAUUUGUGUCCAAGAAUGUUGAAGGCGCAGCUUUGAUAUGCAAGGAGGCAUGGAAACGUUUCAAGGCAUUAUUUGAAUCGGACAAGAAAGACGCAAGGGAAUUUGAUGAAAAAUUGCCUGAAUAUCUGAGAAAAUUCACUGCUGGAAGCACUUUGGUCAGCACAGUGAAUUGGGGCUUGGACGCCCUUUCAAAGUUGAAAGAAUACGACAGUGUUGUAUUCAUUCUGCAAGAUCUGCUUGCUCAAAGUUGCUACGGAAUGAGGAACAGGGGUCAGUGGUUUGACCGCCUAGCUCUUGUGAAGCAGAAGUAUAUAAAAAACACCAACGAGGCCGCGGAGGCAAUUUUUCAAGGAAUGGAUGAUCCCCAUGUGCAGCUGCAUAUCAAAGUGGGCCUGGCUGCAAGGGCCUUGUCGAUGAAAACCAGCAAAAUGGUGACCCGAGAUAACAAAGAGAAACUUGAGAUUUAUUCACAGGCUGUUGCUCUCUCCGAGCCACCAAACAUAACUAUCAAGGGCAAAGUAAAAACAAGGGAUGGGGGAGUAGUCGGGCAAAAGAUGAAAUUCUUAAUCGAAAGUGAAAACACUGAUGAAGUUGUGGUUAGCUCCGUAGAGGACUGCGCUAUUGCUCACUACAUAAAAAAUGAGAAUUUCACAAAAGGACGCCAUAACGAGGGGGCAACUGUGAUAACGCUAAUGGGCCUCCUAUUCUGGGAAGAAAUCUACACCUUGAAUGUACCUGACGCAUUCAUCUGCAGAUACCAAACGCAACCACUGGAUUUGUAUGGCAUUGAUUUCUAUGAAAAACGCCAAAAGAAACUUGAAAAGAAGAUGAAGACUAUCGAAAAGUGGACACCUGACGAGUCCAAAGAACACUUUUUGAAAACUUGGGGCGACAUAGAGAGUAAAACUUCAAUUGUGAAUACUAAUGCAUUUGGGAGUGCCGAGGAAGCUCAUAGCUUGUUCGAGUGCAUAGGAGCAAAAACUGUAAUUAAAAUCUGCUUGAGGUUGCUGAAAGACUUCCGUAAUUCGAGAUCAGGAUUUCCUGAUUUGGUUGUUUGGGCACCAGGCAAAGAUAAAUACAAAUUCAUUGAAGUGAAGAGUCCAAACGACUCGUUAUCCAACAAUCAGCGUGUGUGGAUCGAUUUUCUAAUGCGAAGUGGCGUUCCGGUGGAAGUGUGCCGUGUCAACUGUGAGUAUCACAUUUCGACAAAUGAAAAAUCACAUUGUCCGUGGAAUUCUGCAGGUGUUGGAGAAAAAUUUCUUGAGCAAGCUUAACGAGCAGCAUCCAGUCUCUUCUUGCUCUGCAGCAAACCCUUUCUCUUCAGGCUAGUCACCGCAGCAUGAUGGAGAGCCUUGUCCAGGGUGACUGAAAAAUUAUCAGAUUAUUAUGCGCCUUUUUUUCUUGUUUUGAUACCAUAAUGAUAAUUCUUGUCUCAGCAGCAACAUUUAAUUAAAGCUAUUUUAAAGAAAAAUUGAAAUUGUAGUCUUUG